AUGUAUUAUUUUAUCCCAAUAGCUGGCUUUUGCUGGAGUUAUCAAGGCUAUGAUAACAAAUGCAAGGACUAUGUAAUGGAUGUUGUUAAUAAAACUGACUGUUGUUCCUUAAAUUCAGCCUCUGUCGCUUAUUCUCACAAAAAUAUAAGUGCUAAUGAGUUUUUUAUGUAUGAAUAUCUAAAGCAAGGAGCUCCUGAUUGCCAGAGAUGUCACACGAACUGUUCUACGGUCGUUUGUCCUGUAAGCGAAAAAUGUGUUAUGCGAGAAAAAUAUCCGGAAUGUGUUUGUGAUCCCCAGUGCGAUAAAGAAAUGAUAGAAUCUGGUAUUGUGUGUGGAACAGAUCUUAAAACUUAUUCUUCUAUAUGCAAAAUGAGGCACAGAAAUUGUGGAAAAGGAGAUAAUGUGGAGGUGGAUUAUAAAGGAGUUUGUCAAAACUCAUGCGAUAAAAUGAAAUGCCCGUUUAAAAAAUAUUGCAUUUACGAUCAAAAUAAACUACCACAUUGUAUAAAUUGCUCCAAUUUGUGCUCGUCUUCUAAAACCACAAAAUUUCAUGAAAUUUGCGGAACAGAUAAUAUCACUUAUCCAAAUUUAUGUAGCAUUAAAUACGCUAAUUGUUUCUCGCAUGAUGAUAUAGAAAUUAGUUAUGAAGGACCAUGUAGAACCGUUUCGGAAUGUGGAAUGAUCAAGUGCUCACAUCAACAUAUGUGCGUAGAAGAUCUAGAAUCUACUAGUGGUUUUAAAUGCAUGGAUUGCAAGGUGGGUUGCCCUAAAACUAAUAUUACGAUUUGUGGUACUAACAUGAAAACGUAUUCAGACUGGUGUGACAUGAGGGAUGAAUCUUGUAAGAAUCGUGUCCGCAUUAAAACAUUACACCCAGGACCUUGUAAGAACAGACAUAUCUUUUGA